AUGGCGUCUAUCGAAUUCGCACGUAUAAAUGGGAGCAGCUGCACAAACCGCCUAUGUGUUUUGUUUGACUUCCUAUGUCACAUCGCGGUCCUCGGGGAUUGCAGUAUUAGAGUGGUGGCAACGAGAAAUUAUAUAGUCCUUUUGACGGAUGAACAACAGCAGGUUGGGGAAGAAAGGGACCACGAGCAUUGUGAUGAGGACAUCGAUGUCUGUUGCAAGCGGCCUCAAGGUGUUUAUCAUGCUUAUGGCCCGGGUAGUAUGUUUCCGGAACAAUUGAAACUUUCUAUCGCGAGGAAACGCAAGAAGUCCCAAAGCUGGUGCUACACCCGUUCCACGUCAAUUUCCAAGGCGCAGACAGGAAAACUGGCCGAUGCACGAAUGGCUAGUGCAGCCUUGGGUAGGGCAUUCAAGUGUAGUGUCCUUGAAUGUCAGCAUCAUUACCAAGGGUUUGCGACACAAAACGUCUUGGACAAGCACAUCGCAGAGAUACGCGUCUCAUGGGCCAAAUAA